GUUAUUGAUUGUCUCAUACCUUGAUCAACUAUUGCAGGUUAUUGGUUGGUCCAUGUGGUUUGCAGAGUACCUCUUUUUGGAGAGAAGCUGGGCAAAGGAUGAAAAAACACUUAAAUCGGGUCUUCAAAGGUUGAAAGACUUCCCCAGAUCAUUUUGGCUUGCCCUUUUUGUUGAGGGUACAAGAUUUACUCCAGCAAAACUUUUAGCAGCUCAAGAAUAUGCAGUCUCACAGGGUUUGACAGCACCUAGGAAUGUGCUGAUUCCACGAACAAAGGGAUUUGUAUCAGCUGUAAGUAUUAUGCGUGACUUUGUCCCAGCUAUCUACGAUACAACAGUGAUUAUUCCGGAAGAUUCGCCUAAACCAACAAUACUGCGUAUUCUUCAGGGACAAUCAUCAGUUGUUCAUGUCCGCAUAAAACGCCAUUCAAUGGGUGAUAUGCCUAACUCGGAUGAGGAUGUUUCAAAAUGGUGCAAAGAUAUAUUUGUAGCAAAGGACGCGUUAUUGGACAAACAUAUAGCAACUGGUACUUUUGAUGAGGAAAUUAUACCAAUUGGUCGUCCAGUGAAAUCUUUGAUGGUGGUCCUGUCUUGGUCAUGUUUCCUCCUAUAUGGUGCUCAUAGAUUCUUACAGUGGACCCAGCUCUUGUCAACAUGGAAAGGAGUGAUCCUCUUUGCUUCUGGAUUGGCAAUGGUGACUGCCGUUAUGCAUGUAUUCAUCAUGUUCUCGCAGGCCGAGCGCUCAAGCUCCGCUAAAGCAGCAAGGGACCGAGUGAAGAAGGAUUGAUAGCUCGUGUGAAAUUCAGUCUAUAGGGGAACUGCCAAUUUAUUAUGUUCAGAAUAUAUGUAGACACAGGCUCCAUGGGUGAAAUCUAGUAUGUCCUUGUUGUCCUCGGUAAGAGCUUCAGGAAUUUUGUGUGGCGAGAACUGUGAGCUUUCUUCCUUCUUUCUCUACUUUGCAAUGACUUGUAAAGAUUUGCUUUGCCAUACCAGGAAUCGCUGCUCGAAUUUAUCGAAGCUUUUUUUUUAUCA